CGAAAGCUUUAUAACCAACUACAAAAUUGCAUGGAUCUCCCAGUCGCCUCUCAUGCUCAAGAGUCUCUUCAUCGUUACUUGCCUGCUCAUCUUAGGCGUCCACGCCUUACCCACCGAGCUGUCCAACGCUACUGCGACAUCGAACGCAACCGCAACGAAGAUAGUGGAGCGUGCUGGACCCACCUUCACGCUUAACUAUCUGACCUACCCUGAGUCAUCCGAGAACAUAUGCUUUUCCUGGUUCUGUAACAACGGACCUCACUCUGUAGCUCCUGCCCGCCCUAGCGCAUCUGCCCAUCGGGCCAGCAAUAGUUGUGGCAAGGUUAACCCAAACCGGUGCAGCGUUCGCGCGGGUCAUCUCCCCGGGUUCCAGUGCGAUGAAUGGCCUUGGGCGAAUUCCAAUGCCGGGGGUGCCAAUGCCGCUACGAGGUGCAUUCCUACUGCGGAUAAUACCGGAUCUGGUGCGCAAUGGGGGAAUUUCAUCAAUAACAGAGGCUCUCAAGCUAUUGGACGCGUUUUACAAGAUAAUGUUGAUUUUGCCGAGAUCGAGAUCAGCAAUGUCCCAAUCACUGCGCAGUUCUGCUUGGGAGUGCGUGGAACUACUAUCACCCCGGCGAUGUGUAACUCAAUUGCUAGUGGUCAGCCGUUUUUGCAAAGGAUUGGUUGAGCAUAACUCCUGUCUUGCGCUGCUUCGAAGAUCUAGCGCCAAUUUUCCUUCUUACCUUCCUAUAAACCUACUCAUCUUUCACGUAACGAAGAAUAUGGAUUGAAUAUAAAUAAGAAUGUUUUGUUGAAUUGAACUUACACGCAGCUAUUCAAACAUUAUAGGAACCGAAGCGGCGUAACGUUAUGCAGAAAAUAUUAUACCUCUUUAAUACAGCGGAAAUAUAAG